AGCGGGCGGGCUUCGCGCAGGCGCGGUGGCGUGGCAGCGAGCCGGCAGCGGCGCUGGUAAUGUCUGCCCUGCGGCGGCUGUUCUACGGCCCCGAGGCGGAGCGGGCUCGGCCGGAGCCGGAGCCGCCCCCGGGUCCCUGGGGCAUGGAAGCCCGGGCGUGCCCGCAGCACCGCGCGGCCGGGCCGGCCUGGCCCGGGGGCAGCUACUGCCCCGUGGGGGGGAGCGGCUGGGACAGGCCCGGCCGGGGCGGCGGCCCCCAGGAGCAGCCUCCUUAUCCUGGAUAUGGUUCCAACUACUGGAACUCUGCGGUGCAGCCUAGAGUUCCCUACCCAAGUCCGUACCCCGCUGGACCUGAGUUACAAAGCCAGGGACUGGAGUCUCCCUACACAAAUGGAGCCUAUGGCGCACCUGGGGCUGCUCCACACUAUGCUAAUCUGCCACAGUCAAACACUUACUAUUCUGGGCACUCUCGGGCCUCCUACCCGGCAGAGUCUCCGAGCAUGUACCGACCGCCAUCGGCAGCCUCGCAUUGGCAUUAUCCCCCACCAGACUGCCCCCCGGAAGGCCCCUCUCUCAGGAGGCAGGCCCCAGGAUACUCCCCACCACCGACCCCAGGUAUGCCUGUCCCACACUAUCCAUAUGGAGGAGAUACCAACCCUGGCAUUCCACAGCAAGGGCCACCACCACAACCAAGACCCCAGGAUGAAUCGUGGGCUUCCUCUGGCAUCUAUGGAAUGCAGCCACGUUACGCCUGGCCUGCUGCUUCGACACCCCAAGGAAGUCCAUUUGUUUCAGAAUCCUCUCCAUCCUGGCCUGGCAAUGGAGCCCCUUCUCCUCAUCCUCCAGCUCAUGAUACAAAGGAUACUACUUAUGACAAACCAGACCAAGGAGCAAACCACAACAACUACUUCCCAGAAGUCAAUCAUCAGCCCUCUGGGACUAUGAAUGAUCAUAAGUCAACUCAAUUCAACACCAAACCAUCCCAUUUCAAUCCCAAAGUGCAAUACAGUGCACAGCCCCAAAUGUAUGAUAAUGUACCUAGGAAACCACCUUUGAACCAGGAUGCAGGUUUUAAACCCAGCGACCAGCCUUUGUCAAAAUCCCUGGGAAUGCAGGCAGGGAUUCAAAGAGUUAUGCAAGUUAUGGAGGAGGUCGAGGAGUUGGAGCAAGAGGUGGAUGAAUUUGUAGGAAAAAAGACAGACAAAGCAUACCGGCUCCUGGAGGAAAUGCUGACCAAGGAGCUGUUGGAACUGGAUUCCAUAGAGACUCGUGGCCAGGACAAUGUUCGACAGGCUAGGAAGGAGGCUGUUCAUAGAAUCCAGGCCAUACUGGAAAAACUGGAAAAAAAGGGAUUGUGAAAGACAGAUGGUAACAACUCAAGGCCUGCUAUGGACAGCCCAAAGCGCUCUGGUUAGGCUUAAUUCUCAGCCUGCUUCUAACUACUUCGUUGACCACGAAAAGCAAUAAAGUCUGACUAUACUUUAAUUUUUUUUAAACCCAAAAAUGAUAAAUUGGCUGUGGACGAAUGAAGGCAGGAUUGAAACAUCAGUCCUGAAUUUUCAGGUGGUUGUUCCAGGCCAACGAAUGUACAGACAACUAUGGAAUUCUGACACUGCCAAACAAAGUGCUUUUGCCUGUGUGGGUGUCUACGUGCUUUUCAUCAGCAGGAGAGGAAUCCGUUGUAUGGAACAGACUUUUCUGUACUAGGCCAAAUGUGUGUCUGUAGAUGCCACCUGCUGCCCCAUGGCUUCUUAAACAGCUGGAAUUUGUUAGUUACAAAGGCAUUGCCACACACAGCAAGUACAACAAGACUUCAGGCUCUUGGACCACUAUUCUUGUGUAUUAUUUACAGCUUUAUCACUCUAGUCAUUGAGAUUGAUGUGUAUUGUUCUGUGUCUUUUUGGUGCACGCUGUAGUACUGUCUUGAAGUACUGGUGGAAGAGACCAUAUUAGGUCAAUAUGGCAACUUCACACUGUUUUCUUCUAUAUAUUGAAGAGCUAUUCAGUGAUGUUUUAUGUGGGGGAGCGGUAAUAAGGAACACAAUUGGGAGCUUUUGAAUUCUGCCUCUAAAAAGGCAGUGGUGCAAAUGAGAGAUGGCGGCAUGAUCCUAGGAAGUGAAACAUUUGAAAAUGAUUUUUCAUGGCAAAUUGGGGUAAAAAUCCACUUUUUAAUUGUAACGUCCUUUCACAUAAUGCAGUUUUGUAUUCCACUAUAAUCUGCAUAACUGGUGGUUCUGUACAGUGCACUGUGGAGGGGAGAGGUAAAUCAUCUGCCUUUAACUGGGGGGCUACCACAUCUGAAAUUAAGUAGUCAUUACUGUGUAUGACAAGAGAAAAUAAACUCUGGCAAGUUUUAAACAUCA